ACCACAGUGCGGUAAACAAAAAGAGGCAAGUUCGGAGGGGCCAGAGAAUGUCUUUUUUGCCUCUUUUGCGCCUUCGUUUUCAGCCUAGUAGACCAAUUUUAUCUUCAGCAAGAAUACUUUAUAAAAAAAUUCCCAACUCAACUACUACUUCUUUGGCAGUACAAGGAAAUGCACAGUCGAGAACUGAAGAACAAUAUAAAGCCUUAGAAAAGUGGAGCAAAACUUAUGCUCCAGUUCGCCCUUUACAACCUGAUAGGGAGGCCUGGGUUACUGAUUUGCGAGGAAACAAUAUAGGCAUAACUAUGCUCCCAGGAAGUGUAUUUUCAGAACCCCCUCGAUUAUACGUCGUGCAACAAGUUUUAAAAUGGCAACUUGCUAAUAGAAGAAAGGGGAAUGCUUGGACAAAAACGAAAGCUGAAGUCAGGGGGACUAAUCGAAAGCCCUUUCCUCAGAAAGGAAGGGGAGCGGCCCGACAUGGUAGUUUGCGCAAUCCGCAGUUUCGUGGAGGCGGUGUCGCGCACGGACCGAGAGGAACCAACUGGCACUAUACAUUAUCUAGGAAAGUGCGAGCACUUGGCUACCGAAUUGUUCUGAGCGUCAAGAUGGCACAAGGGAACUUGAGCAUCAUCGACAAGAUCCCUGACUGCGAAGGGAAAACCGGCAUGUUCCACUUUCAUCUCACGCAGCGGGGUUGCGGCCCAAAAAGGAGCAUCCUUCUCGUAGGAAAAACCGUUACUUCCCUGGCGGAACGGGGCCUCUUCACUCUGCCGUACUGCAAGUUGCUUGCCCUCGAGGAUUUAAACAUGCAUGAUAUACUAAAGUACAAGGAGAUUGCAAUUGAGCGAGACGCCAUAGAAUUGCUGGCUAACUAUCUUAGUAACGACGGAAAGCGCAUAAGAACUUUUUUAAACGAUAAAACAUAGAGCUUAUUUAUACUAAGCAAGUCUGUCACCUUUU